AUGGCAUGUACCAACUGUAAAGGGAAACACUUUGCGUACUCGCGAGAGUGCCCAAGGUGGAAAGUGGAAAAAGAGGUACAACAUGUGAAAGUGGAAAAACACCUCUCUUUCACAGAGGCUAGAAAGGUUGUGGAAGCAUCGACACCCCCAGCAGCUGGUAAAUCGUAUGCCGCUGCUGUGAAGGUAUCUACAACCAGUGUAGCCGUUCAGACUGACCUUACAUGGCCUAAUGGUGAGGAUAAAUUUAAGAAGAUUUCUGUUAUUGAAAAAGUUACUAAACAAAAUACAAAAGCUGCUAUUAAACAAGUUUCAACAUCUUCUCAAGUGUCUUUGGAUUCUAGGAAUCCACCAAGAGGCUCAUCGUCUGGGGAGCCAGGUCCCAGUAAGCCUCCGUCAAGAAAAGACACUAAAAAGCAGAUUAAGGAUUCUUCUUCAGGACGACUAAAGAAAGCGGAAAAAAAACAUUCGUUCUCUGUCUGCUGCAUGGUGCUUCUAGCACUCAUGGUUGUGGCUAACACGUCCAAUGGAACGACGAAUUUGGCAUGGGGCAAGCCGAAGAAGUAUUCACACUCUGCGUUUUCCUUUGGCAAUCGCGGUGGCAUUCCAAGGAUCGAUGGUUACAGCAGAGGAAGUAACGUUGUCUACAACAGACACGGGGUACCCAGCAAUCGCAGUCCUGUAGGCUAUGGCGGUAAACGAGGUGGUUACAACUAUAAACGGAGUCCAUAUCUUAGAAGUGGUAAAAACAGUCCCUAUGGUGUCAACAAGGGCUUCUCCAAUCAUGGUAGUAGUAGUGGUUACAACAAUAUUGGUGGUGGACGCAGUGUUUACCCUACGCACGGUACAGCCAAUGGUUAUUCUACACACAUUAGAGGCAGGGGCUACCCUACACAUGGUCAAAAUGAUGUUUAUUCAAGUCAGGAUGAAAAUGUCGGUUAUCCUAGUCAUGGUGGACGCAAUGUUUACUCCACUUAUGGUAGAGCUAAUGAGUAUUCUACGCAUGUUAGAGGCAGUGGUUACCCUACACGUGGUGGAAACAGUGCUACCCCAAGAUAUGGCGGAAACGUCGGUUACCUAAAUUAUGAUGGAGGCAGUGGUUAUGACAAUUAUGGUGGUGACAAUGGUUACAACAAGAAUGGCGGUUACUUUAAAAAUGGUUAUGGAAGCGGUGGUUAUCGCAUUUGUCCGAACCAGACAUUUUAUGAUGACAUUUACAGAUGGAGCGACCUUGCAGACGGGUAUCCAAGAGUUCAAAUAAACCAAGAGAUACAGGGCGGCAUCGCUUCAGCAAAUCCAUGUGCAAAUAUCUUUAACUUGGCAAACUGCUUGAGUCGUAUGCGACCGGACCCCACCGCUCCGACAGUGCCAACAGUCGAUCCCAUGUGA